CCCAACUUUGGAUCUUACACACAAAACUUGAUAGAAGGAAUUUUUCCAAAGUGUGAACGUGUGAAACAUUCGUCGCUUUCCUACCAAGUAAAUUUUGGCAAGGGAUCAGUCUCUCUCUUGUCAGUGAUUUGUCGGUGGAGGCCCAUUCGAAUCGUUCGUCUUCUUGAGUGAAUUCGACCUGUAGCCGGAACAAAAAUGGAGCUGAAGCUGGAGAAAAUGCCGCCCUGGUUGGGUGGAGAGACCCACGGGCCAUUGAUGUCUGAAGAAUUCAUUCGACCCGUCGACGAGGAUGAGAUUCCCCACUUUCCCGAAUGCGACUAUGAUAAAAACCCCACUAGUCUCUUCAAAGCCAUUGAAACUAGACAAUGGGAUGCCAUUUCAACUUUCCUACUCAGUGGCUAUUGGCGUGGUGAGACUGCUCCUGACGAAAAGACACCAUCGGCUCAGGUGUGCACAUGGGUGACUAAAUACGAGACCACUAUUGAUGGCAACGAUGAGUGUGGAAAAUGGACGCAGCUACCAAUUCAUGCUUCAUUGACGUUUGGAGCUCCCGACAACGUCAUCCGCCUACUUCUGAAGUUCUGCCCGGGAACUGCUGCUUGCGCGGACGAACAAAGACUGUUGCCACUGCAUUUGGCAUUUCUUCAUGGAGCUUCGGAUGAAGUGCUGAGCUUGCUCUUGGAAGCGUUUCCCAUGGCAUCCUUUGUGCGUAACUUUAAAGGCAAAACGCCAGUAGAAUGUGCUCCCCACAAUGGGCCGCACGCACAAAGAGCUGAGAUGAUGCAAGUGAUUCUUAAAAAGAACAGGAACCGGUGGGAAGAACAAAAAGCCAAGUUACAAGCCAGUCAGAAGAAGACGCGGGAUAUACUUCGACGAACCAAGGACACGCUGAGGAACAAGGUUGAGGAAAUAUCCAAUCUCAACACAGAGGUUGAUCUGGUCAGGUGUAAAGAGGAUCAGAGCAAGAAAAAGCUUCUGACGUUGGUUUCGGAGCUCAAGGAGAUCAAUGGAUGGUACCAGCAGCAAGAGAAGGUGGCAACGAAAGAGGACAUUGUUGAAGAUCUUUCGACGAAGCUUGCCGCCUUGAAUCAAGUGGCUGAAUACUUGGUUAAUGAACAAGAGGGUGGAGACCCACUCGUGAGGGAUCGGUUUAGGCGCAGUUUGUUUGGUGACAUCCCUCAUACCUGGACAGGCAAGACUGAAGCUGACGAAGAGAGCGCCAGUGUAUACUCUUCAGGAACAAAGGGUUCGUGCUACUCGAGAGACAUCCACAUGAAUCCUUACAUCAUCUUCAUGGGGCCCAAUAGCGAUAUGCCAGGCGCGUCCAAGAUGGACCACGUACAUUCCCAACUCUCCAUGUCGAGCGCUGGAUCAAUUCCCAGUGUAACGUUCGGUGAAGUGGAGCUGGUCUCAAGCGGCGAAAGGAGGAAGUCGUCCAGAAAGAAAGGAAAGCAGGAAACUAAGAAAGAGGUUCUUGACAGCAUACAAGAGGCUGAGGCAGGAAAAGACCCGAUACAAGAGAGUGGGGCAGAAACACAAACGCUUGACAUUGCCGACGACAGCGGGACAAAGAAUGAUUUGCUCAGCAUGCCGCAAAUGAAGGAAGAACAGGUAGAUUCGUUAUUGGGCGUCACAGAGCUUAGUGAGGAAAAGAUCGAUUCGCUCGUCGGGGCGAUUGAGAAGACCGACGUGUCGAGAGCACCGAGUACUGGUUCACGCAGCAUUGCAUCAUGGAGGGAACCACUCAUGAACACCGAAGUCACAGAAGCAAGCAGAGGUACCCUCGCAGCCCUGCUGAAGAAGAAACACGCUCAAGAGAUCAAUGCGGGCCCUGGACUUGAUGCCGCAUUAGAAAUGACUUCCUUGGACAUGGAGGAAUCGUUGGACAGCCCAUGGGAACAUCAGAACGAGUCUAUGGACCGCGGGACGUUUUCUUCGAUGUCGAGAACAAGCACACCAGGAAGUCGCUCAAGCGGUGCAAGAUUCAGCUCAUUCCAGGAUGUCCCCGGCGACGGUAUCUUUUACAAUGGCACGUAUACCGGAACAGCUGGAACGGAAACAUUUGGAGCUUUUUCUGGCACCGAUGCUUUUUCUGGCACAGACGCCUUUUCUGGUACAGAUGCCUUUUCUGGUGCCGACACGCGAACGUUUUCGGAUGUACAGGACGAAGCAUCAGCAACAUCAUCCGCUUCAUCAAGAGUCUGUGCAGGCGGCUCGUACUACCAAGUUGAGAAAGUGUACAACGAAGCCGUGCGAAUACCGUCCUUUAGAAACAACUCUUAUCCGUCGGAUGAAGGGGACCGCGCUUCGCCUUCCAGCUCCGUGGAAGCGCCCUUAGAUAGUUCUACACGCCCAGAUGCCACAAAAGAAAUGAAACCCAAUGAAGACGAUGAAUAUGUGAUAUCUCGAAUCGCGUUGGCUUCGGAGCCAUUCCUAAGCCAGUCAGCCUCACAGGAUUCAGAGCCAGAGGAACCAAACGUCGAAGAGGAGUCGCAGCUUCGUCCAAAUGAUCGGAGACCUGUCACUGAAACGAAGAGAGAGCUGCCGCCCCGACCACCGCGAGCUCCAGGCACGCCCAAGCGUGCCUCCAUAUUGAAAACGUUGAAGCGUGCGUCACGUAAGUUUUCAGUGAAAAAGAUGAUGAAACGCAAGAGCUCCAAAUCAAAGAAAGACGACGACAUUAUGCAAAUUAUUGAUCGGGCCUAUGACAAGAGCGAAUCAUUGCAGUCUUCGGCUCAUAGCAAGAGCGAGGAUGGAGAUUUGGAGCAGGAACUGGCGAAAAUUGAACAUACUCUUUCUAGAGCUGAGAUGACCUUAAGCCUUCUUUCGAGCGCUGCUUCAGGUGGUGAUCCAGAUAGCUCCGUGCAAAGCUUCACCAAAGACAAUAUCGAUGGCCCAGAGAAAGCAGAUGCUUCAGGUCCUACAGAAGAUCACCAAGGCUCUUUCAGGAGCUCCAAGAGGGAGAGUCUCGAGGACGAAAAUUCAGCGAGCUACGAAACUCUUCCAUCUCUCGCAUCAAGGGGUUCCCCGAGCGUUGAAGAGAAGAAGACUAGAGGACGUGAUCACUACAAGAUAUCAAGCAGCUCGGUUUCAUCUGAAACCAGGUCCUAUUCAACAACGUACGAGGAACCAGUCACUCCUAUGGAUUCCUUUUUGUCAUUGGACUAUCUGUCUCGUGCACAAAACGCCUUCUUUGAGCAAGUUGCUUCGACCAUCGGGGGUGCCAUGGCCCUCGGGGCCUCGAGCACCGACAUAAGCAAAAGUACGAAACGUAACUCUGAGAUUGAUCUAGCUGACGCAGCUCCUUCAGAUCCAGCGGUUCCAGACGUUGAUGCAGGUCCAGAUUCAGCUGCUUCCGAGGAUGCACCCCAAGACGGCGCACCCCCAGACGACGCACCUCUAGACGAUUGGGCUCCAGACCAAACUCCUGCAGACAUGGCACUUCCAGCCAUUGUGAAAUCGGUUUCUUCCAUCAAAGGCGUCGAAUUGAUGGCGAGAAAUGAUACGGGCGAUGAGAUGUACGAAGACAAUUUGGAGAGCAGAACUUUCUCUGAUGGCUCUACCAGAGGAAACGAACCCGAGCACAGAGACGGUGAUAAUCAGUCCACAGAAGGCAUGUUUGUCGAGGUAGUUGAUGAAGGGUCUGCACGAGAUCUACCAGAAGUUUCGGACACACCGCAAGGCAUCCAAGUUGACACUAACGAAGGCGCGGUGGAGGUUCUCCUGCCCGAUGAAGCAAGAGAAGAGGAGGAGGAGGAAGAAGGAAACGACGAGGAUACUAACAAAGUGGAGGACACGAAGGACCAAGACGAAACCCCUGACGCCGCCAAUGCUGCCGAUGCUGCUCCCUCCAAGAACCAGAAAACCUUUUCCGGACUUCGAGGAUCUUUCCGAGGUGUUAUCAAGAAAGCAAAAGGAUCCAAGAAGAAGCAGAGUGCACGCGACGUUUCGAGCAACGAACAGUCCCACCCCAAUAGCGCCAAAGCAACGGUUACGGCAACCCGUGAGUAGAGUAUCAGAAAUGCGAAGAGGUACAGUAUCUGACAGACCAAUGCCUGUGAGCCCCUAUACAUCUCAGAUAAGAAGUAGCAUAUGUUGUUUGAUAGCAGUGUUUAGAUGAUGCUACUAGUACUCUAGCUAGCUAGCUAGCUAGCUAGCUACGGUAGCUAUGUAG